ACCCCUCCCCCGCCGGUCCGCAUCAGGUGCCCGGCAGGUCGUGCUGCGCGACGCGCGGCGAGAGCUGGCAGUCACCAUGGCAAUGCGGGAGCUAGUGGAAGGGGAAUGUGGGGGUGCCAACCCACUCAUGAAGCUGGCUGGUCACUUCACUCAGGACAAAGCCUUGCGACAGGAGGGCUUGAGGCCUGGCCCUUGGCCCCCAGGAGGCCCUACGCCAGAGGCGGUCUCUAAGCCUUUGGGAAUAGCCUCUGAAGAUGAGCUGGUGGCUGAGUUCCUGCAUGACCAGAAUGCACCACUUGUCUCUCGUGCCCCUCAGACCUUCAAAAUGGAUGACCUCCUGGCAGAAAUGCAGGAGAUUGAACAAUCCAGCUUCCGUCAGGCUCCACAGAGAGCCCCCGGUGUGGCAGACUUGGCCUUGUCUGAAAACUGGGCCCAGGAGUUUCUCUCAGCUGGAGAUACAGUGGAUGUAACUCAAGAUUAUAAUGAGACUGAUUGGUCCCAAGAAUUUAUCUCUGAAGUUACUGAUCCCUUGUCUGUGUCUCCUGCCCGCUGGGCUGAGGAAUAUCUGGAACAGUCAGAGGAGAAGCUGUGGCUUGGAGAGCCUGAGGGGUCAGCCACUGCAGAUCGCUGGUAUGAUGAGUAUCAUCCUGAGGAAGAUCUUCAGCAUGCAGCCAGUGACUUUGUGGCCAAGGUAGAUGAUCCCAAGUUGGCUAAUUCUGAGGGUACAUCAGAGGCAUGGGUUGAUCAAUUCACGAGACCAGUGAACACAUCUUCCCUUGAUAUGGAGUUUGAGCGAGCCAAAUCAGCUGUAGAGUCUGAUGUUGAUUUCUGGGACAAGCUGCAGGCAGAAUUAGAGGAGAUGGCAAAGAGAGAUGCUGAGGCUCACCCCUGGCUGUCUGACUAUGAUGACCUCACAUCGGCUUCCUAUGAUAAGGGGUACCAUUUUGAGGAGGAGAACCCGCUGCGUGACCACCCCCAGCCUUUUGAGGAAGGGCUGCGACGACUUCAGGAGGGGGACCUGCCAAAUGCUGUGCUGCUUUUUGAGGCAGCCGUACAGCAGGAUCCUAAGCACAUGGAAGCCUGGCAGUAUCUGGGUACCACUCAGGCAGAGAAUGAACAAGAACUAUUAGCCAUCAGUGCCCUGCGGAGGUGCCUGGAGUUAAAGCCGGAUAACAGGACAGCACUGAUGGCACUUGCUGUAAGCUUCACCAAUGAGUCUCUACAGCGCCAGGCCUGUGAAACCCUGCGAGACUGGCUGCGCUGCACGCCUGCCUAUGCCCAUCUGGUGACACCUAGUGAAGAGGGGGCUAGUGGGGCAGGACUGGGCUCCAGCAAGCGUGUCCUGGGAUCUCUGUUGUCUGACUCUUUGUUUCUUGAAGUGAAAGAGCUCUUCCUGGCAGCUGUGCGCUUGGACCCUACAUCCAUUGACCCUGACGUUCAGUGUGGCUUGGGAGUCCUCUUCAACCUCAGUGGGGAAUAUGAGAAGGCCAUGGACUGUUUUACAGCUGCCCUCAGUGUUCGUCCCAAUGACUAUUUAUUAUGGAAUAAGCUAGGGGCCACCCUGGCCAAUGGAAACCAGAGUGAAGAAGCAGUAGCUGCAUACCGCCGUGCGCUUGAACUACAACCUGGCUAUAUUCGGUCCCGCUAUAACCUGGGCAUCAGCUGCAUCAAUCUUGGGGCUCACCGGGAGGCUGUGGAACACUUUCUGGAGGCCCUGAACAUGCAGAGGAAAAGCCGAGGCCCUCGUGGUGAAGGAGGUGCCAUGUCAGAGAACAUCUGGAGUACGCUACGUUUGGCGUUGUCUAUGUUGGGCCAGAGUGAUGCCUACGGGGCUGCUGAUGCCCGGGAUCUACCUGCGCUCCUAACUAUAUUUGGCCUGCCCCAGUGACAGUGGGAUGGGCUGCCCUGUGAGUGUCCACCUGGAGGGGUUCCUGCUUUGGAUGUGACUUCCUCUCCCCAAAUGGGCCUACCAAGGGGGUGGGCUGAUGACCAUAAGCGGUACGACCUCUCAGGAGCUGCCUCAGCAUAGGGGCAGGUAGUCCUUGUUCUAGUCCCUACGUAAUUGUAGGAAAAUGAGCUGUGUUAUCUCUGAGUCUCUUGGUAAUUCAAGGACUGUACAUCCAGCUACAGAUCUCUCUGUUCAUCAUGCCAUUUCUUGGUGCUGCUUUUUGAGUAGGACCCGAAGAUAGAGGGUAACUGUUAUCAUCAGCUGCCAUUCUGAUAGGGCCUACCACAUUUGUAAUGUCUGCCUUUUUUCCUACUCUUAUAGGGAGUUGACCAUAGUAUAGCUUCCUU